AUGGCGCUCGAGCUACUGGUAGUUGUUGCAGUCAUGUUGCACCUAGCCUCUACAUCAGCGCAGCCUGGCCCCGGAUGCCAAACGCGAUGUGGUGACGUCGACAUCCCUUACCCAUUCGGCAUUGGUGCUGGCUGUGCUAUGGAAGGCUUCGAGAUCAUUUGCCCGAGGACUGCCGAUGGAAUCGCCAAGCCGUUCAUGGUGAUUGAGAACGUGGAGGUUCUGGACAUCUCGGUGCCCCAUGGUCAAAUCCGAGUUUCCACGCCCGUCUCAACAUACUGCUACAAUACAAGUACAAGAUCAAUGGAACAGAAUGCUUGGUCCCUUGACUUCUCGGGAAGUCCGUACCGCUUCUCCCAUGUACACAACAUGCUCAUAGUUAUUGGCUGCAACACGCUUGCAUACAUCAAUGACUUCAGAAGCACUACAAGAUACACGACAGCGUGCGCAGCGGUGUGUGAGAGCCCGGCAGCCCUGACAAACGGUUCUUGUGUUGGUGCAGGCUGCUGCCAAAAUGAUAUACCAAAGGGUUUAAGGAGCUAUAGAUUCAGUUUCUUUGAUGUUUAUGAUGAUUCCAAUGCUACGCUUUUCAACCAAUGCAGCUAUGCUGCCGUGGUGGAGACACAGAUAUUUAGUUUCAGCUCGGAGUACAUAACCACUACAAGGUUCAAUGAUACCGAAAAGGGGCAGAAGCCGCUGGUGCUGGACUGGGCGAUUGGAAAUGCAACGUGUGAAAUGGCGAGAGACAUGCCUUCUUACGCGUGCCAUAGCAGGAAUAGCAUGUGUGUGGACUCAACCAACGACCCAGGUUAUAUAUGCAACUGCGCCGACGGAUAUGAAGGGAACCCUUACCUCUUUGACGGAUGCAGAGAUGCCAAUGAAUGUGAGAAGAAUUCAAGUAUAUGCCCAAAGUCUACAACAUGCCACAACACUAUAGGAGGGUAUCGCUGUUCAUGUCCUCCAGGCAGAAAGUUCGUAAUGGAAACAAAAUCUUGUAACCCAGACAUCACCCUAAUCAUAGGCAUUAGCAUUGGCGCUGUCGUUCUGGUGAUUAUCAUCUACUGCAUACAUGUAAUAUUUGAGAGAAGAAAGCUUGCGAACGUCAAAAAUCAGUAUUUUCAGCAGCACGGAGGGAUGCUAUUGUUUGAGAAGAUGAAAUCAGAUCAGGGACUUUCAUUUACAGUGUUUAGUGAAGCAGAACUGGAACAAGCAACAAAUAAAUUUGACAAAAGCCAGAUUCUUGGACAUGGAGGCCAUGGCACUGUGUACAAGGGAAUAAUUAAGGAUAUCACUCCAGUGGCAAUUAAAAGGUGUGCAUUGGUUGAUGAUAGGCAGAAGAAGGAAUUCGGCAAAGAAAUACUGAUUCUUUCCCAGAUCAAUCACAAGAACAUUGUCAAGCUAUUGGGGUGUUGCCUUGAGGUGGAAGUCCCCAUGCUAGUAUAUGAGUUCAUCCCAAAAGGAACAUUUUUCGAUCUUAUUCAUGGCAAGAGCCGGAAACUGCACCUCUCUUUCAGUUCUCUUCUAAGGAUCGUCAAUGAGGCAGCUGAGGGGCUUGCAUUUUUACAUACCUAUGCAAACCCACCAAUUUUACAUGGUGAUGUGAAAACCUCUAACAUCCUUCUUGAUGAGAAUUACAUGGCAAAGGUAUCAGAUUUUGGGGCAUCUAUAUUAGCACCAACUGACAACGCUCAGUUCGUCACAAUGGUUCAAGGGACAUGUGGUUAUCUGGACCCUGAGUAUAUGCAGACAUGUUGCUUGACAGAUAAAAGCGAUGUUUAUAGCUUUGGCGUUGUUCUUCUGGAGAUCUUAACUGGGCAGGUACCACUGAAACUCGAUGGUCCUGAGGUACACCGGAGCCUGUCGUCAAGUUUCCUACUGGCUAUGAAGGGGAACAAUCUUGAUAAUAUGCUCGACAAUCAAAUAAAAGGUCAUGAGGACAUGGAGUUGGUUGUAGGGGUAGCAGAGCUAGCUAAGCAAUGCUUGGAAAUGUGCGGUGACAAUAGGCCCUCGAUGAAAGAGGUGUCUGAGGAGCUUAGCAGAUUAAGGAAACUUUCGAAACAUCCUCCGAUACAGCGUGAUACCAAGACGGAUAGCUUUCUCAGUGUAAUUGAAAGAGAACAAAGUUCUGAGUACACAGAGAAGGAUGAAAGAAUGCACAUAAAUCCAAGCAGUUUUUAUUUUAUGAGGUGA